CAGAGAUAUCAGCCGUGUGGAAGAAUACGCAAAUGAAGCACUUGCGUACAAGGUUUCACACUAUUUGACGCCCACAAAAUAAGAAAAAUUAUCAAAACAAAACAACCCUAUACAAAGAAAAACAUCCAUCAUCAUUCAAGCUCCAUGUCUUGCUGUUUGUGUGGUAAACCUCCAGUUUGGAUCGAUCCCAUGAAAGGGAUUUCUGCUGCAACUUCUAUCAGAAGAUCCCAGUUCGCUUUUCUUCCUAAUUUGAUUCCCCAAAGGUUUAAUUUCAAGGUACAAGCUUCUAUGUUGGAUUCUUCAUCAGAUAACUCCUCUAAUUUUGCCAAGCGUAUUGAACAAGCGUGGUCUAUUUCCCAGCAACCAACACCCAUUGCUUGCUCUUCUUGCAGCUCGAACGGACGUGUUGAAUGCAAAUGGUGUGCAGGUACAGGUUUCUUCAUCAUCGGUGAUAACAUGCUCUGUGAAGUUCCUUCCAGAAAUACUACCUGUGUUAUAUGUGCUGGAGAGGGCUCAACUCAAUGUGGUGAUUGUCAAGGGACUGGAUAUCGUGCGAGGUGGUUAGGGAAACCGCCAAUUUUGAAGGAGUAGCUUCUGCUUAUGUUGAGCUCGUAGAAGUAUAGGAAACAACAAAGAACAAGAACCCACAACUGACACAUUUGUAAAUUGUAAUGUACUCAAUUGUUUUAUUCAACAUUUUUUUAUGAAGCAUGAAUAAUGUAGCCACCACUGACAACUGUGCAGCUUCUUAUUUUUGGUUUCUAAUCUGUGUUGUUGAUGAUCUACUUUCUAUACAUGAUGAUAUUGAUAGUUAUAAUACACUGUCUUAUGUAUCUCCGCACAGUUGCAUCUUCUUACUUUCCAAUGAGAUCACCGCAGUUUUACC